AUGCUCCUUUCCCUUACCACCGGCCUCGCCAUCCUCGGCGCGGUCUCUGCCCACACCGGAUGCGGCGGUCACGAGAUUGGCGCCCGUAACCUCGGCGGUCGCGUCAUCUCCAAGCGCCAGGUCGCUGACAACGUUGAGGAUGUCACCCAGGAGUGCACCUACUACACCUACGAGCCCGCUGCCAAGAUCACCAAGGAGUACCCCGUCGCCUGGCAGCCCGCCCACAUUGUCCAGGGUGACCAGGAGGCCCAGGACAUGUUCGCCCAGAUCAACAAGACCCUCGGCGAGAAGUUUGCCAACAUCCCCGUCCGUCCCGCCGAGGGCACCGAGGGCAACGACCCCCAGGACUCUGGCUGCUGGUGGUCUGCUACCAAGUGCACCCAGCCCGCCCAGGACACUGGUCUCCAGCCUGACCUCACCACCAUGCCCGAGCCUGAGACUUGGGGCUUCGGCUUUGACGACGGCCCCAACUGCUCGCACAACGCCCUCUACAACUUCCUCGGCAAGGAGAACCAGCGUGCUACCAUGUUCUUCAUCGGCUCGAACGUUAUCGACUGGCCUGUUCAGGCUAUCCGUGCCAAGACUGACGGCCACGAGAUCUGUAUCCACACCUGGUCCCACGCCAAGAUGACCUCGGUCUCGAGCGAGCAGGCUUUCGCUGAGCUCUACUACACCCGCAAGGUCAUCAAGGCCCUUCUCGAUGUCACCCCCAAGUGCUGGCGCCCUCCUUACGGCGAUGUUGACAACCGUAUCCGUGCCAUUGCUCAGCACAUGAACCUCACCAACAUUGUCUGGUCUGACGACACCUUCGACUGGCAGAUUGGCACCAACGGCGUUACCCAGGAGACCGUUGCCGGCAACUACCAGAAGGUCAUCGACAAGGCCAAGAACGGCGAGUACAAGACCCACGGCCCCAUCGUCCUGAACCACGAGAUCAACAACAACACCAUGUCCGAGCUCAUUGCUCAGUACCCCAAGAUCAAGGAGUCGUUCAAGAACAUCGUCCCCGUCAACGUUGGUUACAACAUCACCCACCCCUACGCUGAGGAGGACUACUUCUACCCCAACUUCGAGCAGUACGUUGCCGGCACCCGCAACUACUCUUCCACCCCCAUCGACGGAGUCCAGCCCUCCUCUUCUGCCUCUGGCUCCGCUGGCGCCUCCGGCUCUGCCGGUGCCACUGGCGGUGCCGGCGCUGCCUCUGGCUCUGGCUCCGCCUCUGCCGGCGGCGCCACCAAGUCUGGCGCUUCCGCCGACCAGAAGAACAGCGGCGCUGUCCAGAACGCUGUCGCCGGCUCGCUGGCCGCCGUCGGUGCCGCUCUCGCCCUCCUCGCUUAA